CUGGAUCUUUGGGCUGCAGAAGUUGAACGACUGAGACAUUCGCGUUACCUGGCUAACUUGGAUUCUCUGUCAUUCCAAUUAACAUUUGGAAGACAAAGCAAAAGUUACAAAAGAAGCUAAGGCACAAGACUUUCCGCUGAACAAAGUUGCAUUCUCCCUCCCGUUCGGCGUGCCUUUUACGUAUGAGCGCGAACGUGAUUACCCGUGCAUAGUUCAACCCAACCGGUUGUGGAAUGGCUCUACUGACACUUCACAGGUCUCCAACUGUAUCCACCACUUUGGAUGAAAACAUACCAAGAAGAGGGAGACUUCAAAAAAGAGAGAGCUUUGCUUUGGUCAAAGGGGCUGUUCUGUUACUUGAAGAACAGGAAAAUGAGGGCACUUCGUCCCCCCCUCAGGGGAGCCCCAGCUUCGGGUCCAAGGCCUCCGACAUACAGCGCAGACAGCUCCAGGCCAUGGUGUCUCUGCUGCGUCCAGAGGACACAGUCAAACUGGCAGUGCAGCUGGAGUCGGUAAGUCCAGUCAGAGUGAGGUACCUGAUUGUUGUCUCCACUCUCGGCAACAAAAACGAGACUCUACUGCUGGGCAUGGACCUGCCAGACAUGCAGAGUGACCAAUGUACGAUUGGCCUGGUCUUGCCUGUAUGGAGCGAUACCCAAGUCUUUUUGGAUGGAGAUGGUGGUUUUAGUGUCACAACAGCCGAGGUGACGAGGAUAUUUAAACCCGUGUCCCUGCAGACUAUGUGGUCAGUGCUGCAGGCGCUGCAUGGCUGCUGUGAGCGGGCCGUGAAGGGAGCGAUCAUCCCCGGCAGUGGCCUGGAGUGGGCUCAGCACUACCACAGCCGCGUGGAGUCGGACCAGCCCUGCCUCAACGAGUGGGCUGUCAUGACCGGACUGGAGUCCGUCAGAAAGGAGAGUAUGGGCCAAAGCUCUUUGGAGAGGGAGUCAAUAGAGAGGAGGAUCAAAGUACUUCUCCGAGAGAUCAUGAGGACAGAAGACCUGGAGAAAAUUACCUCUAAACAAGUCCGAUUAACUCUGGAAUCCAAAAUGGAGAUGGACAUGAAGAACUACAAAGAGUUCAUCGAUAAUGAGAUGAUGGUUACCAUGGCGCAAAUGGACAAACCUUCCAAAAUACUGGACUACCUUUAUUUGGGUUCUGAGUGGAACGCUGCCAAUUUUGAAGAGCUGCAGAAAAACAAUAUUGGCUACAUAUUAAAUGUCACCAUGGAGAUCGACAACUUCUUCCCGGGAUCAUUCACCUACAUGAACAUCAGGGUGUAUGAUGUGGAGUCCACAGACUUGCUGCCUCAUUGGAAAAACACCUACACCUUUAUCAACUCUGCCAGGCAAAGUGGCCAGGCGGUGCUGGUGCACUGUAAGAUGGGUGUGUCUCGCUCGGCGUCCACGGUGAUGGCGUACCUGAUGAAGCAGCAGGGCUUGACGUUGGAGGAGGCGCUGUCGUACGUGCGUGAAUGCCGGCCCAUCGUGCAGCCCAAUGAUGGCUUCAUGCAGCAGCUGCAAACCUAUAGCGGCAUACUCAGCGCCAGUAAGCAGCGUCACAGUGCCCUAUGGAGACGAAAGUCCAAAGACUUCCGGCAGAGGUCAGUGGAUGGAAAUGAGGAAGAAGGGGAGAGCGAGGAGGAGGAAGAGGAGGAGGAAGAGGAGGACGAGGAAGGAUACGAGAGCCCAGGCGAGGACAAAGAUGAAGAUUCAGACCACGAAGUAUUUGUAGACCCUGUCCACCCAGUACAGUCCACUCAGGAUGCCCCUGCUUCAGAGCCAGUCAGUUCAAACCCAACUAUAACAGUCCAUGACAGUGAAAAAGUGCUUCCCAGUCCAAACAGGAGUGGCAGGAUGAACCUUUUCUCCCUCAUGCAGUCCAUCAGCGAGCUGGAUGAUGACUGCAGUGACAAAGAGCUCUCGGCAGUCCAGCGAAGAUCGCCUGGACAACGGAGGCGGAGCCAUGGGCGGAGAACAUUGGCCUAUCAGCGGGCCCACGUUGAUGUGUCCCCCGAGCCAAUUAGCCUAUCAGCACGCAGCAAGCAACAGGAAGGGGAGGGCUCAAAAAAGACUCUGCUCAAGGAUCAGGAGGGCGGUGGAGAGGAUGUGGGUAAACGGGAGGAGCCCACGGGAGGUGCAAUCGGAGGGGUGGACAGUGAGAAGAGUGUUUGAAGAAAGAAGGAGGGGUGGGAGGGGGGCAGGAUGGGAGAAAAGAUGAAGUGAAGGGCAAGAUCAGAGACACUAAGAAAGAGAAGCAUAUCCUGCCAUACUUCAUUUAUUUUACUAUCCAAAGAUAUUCUUCACAUAUAUUCAAUAUUAGUAUGUUUAAUUUAUUAUUUAAAGACACUCUGCCUCAACUUUCCAACUGCGUGGGAAUUCCAAGAGAUAAGAGCGUUAGCGCACAGCGAAUGUAACUAUAUGUCCUCUAAAGUCAGUUCUGUCUUCGGACAUUCCACUACUAAAUUCCAAAGAUCUUGUGAGGGGGACCCUAUUUCAGAGUAAAGUUCCCGAUUUGGGUCUUUUUUAAAUGCACACUAGGAGUAAUUGGUUUAGGAAAGAGUAGUAUCAAAGUUCAAAACAGAAUAGAAUUUUGUGCCAAAUGGAUAGCACACUGGCUGUUUUGUACAUUUCCUGGCAUUAAAACAGUUAUAAAUGAAAAAAUACAUAAAUCAAGACAGAAUACAGGAAUGUACUUAUUUAGAGAGUUAAAGUAGAAGUUUUUAAUUUCAAAAAGAAAUUACAUUUUCCAUAGGAAUUUCAGUUAGUCUCAGAGAUGUGAAACCAUUACCUAUAGUUUCGUUAUGUUCUCUCCAUUUACUCCCGUGCCUUCAGUAGCAGCAUUAGUAUUAUUUAACGUCACACACACUGUGUGCCUUUGUCUGGGUCUUCACCUGCUUCAGCACACGCAUGCCUUUUAUCAGUCUCGCAGUCAUGGCUCGAAAAAAGGUUCAAGUAGCGCCAGAGAGCCUGAGAACCUAAACUCUUUUUUAUUAUUAUUUCUGUCAAAUUUUAGUGUUUCAGUUGGGAUGAGGUAGAGGGUGGUUGUGGAGUCUUUUUAAAACUUCAUAUCCUGUAUACUGUGACAAGUAUUUGAUAUUUUGUGAUGGCUUUCUCCUCCUGUGCUCAGGUAAUCUGAUCCUCUCUGUUUUCCACACAAUCCUAUGUGUAUUACUUCCUCUGUGUCAGAAUGUGAAUGCAGUAUGCUGCCAGGAAUGGUGUCUUUUUGGGAGGUUUCUAUUUCAAAUAUUUUUGUCAUUUUAAUUAAUUUAUAGUGUUAUUUUAACAUCUACUACGGAAACAAUGAUCCAAAUUGAAUUAUGCCACAUUCCAUGUGAACUCAGUGGCAUGCUAGGCCACGACUGUCUGGUUUCAUUUAGACACUUCAAUUUUCCCUAUCGUCCAUUUCUGAGACUGGAAUUGAUAUGUCUUCAACCAACAAAAGUCGUUAAAAGUCAAUGGCCAAAAAUGAACAAAUGUAUGAAUUUAACGAGAAUGCUGUAAUUUUUGUGAGAACGUUCACUUGAGCCAUUGUAUACUUUUCUUGAAUGGAUUGGGAGAUUUUACCUUUUUAAAACUCUAUAAGCUACUGACUGCACUAAAUCAAGUACGUAGUGCAAGUCUGAAAAACUUUAAUGUGCCAAACAACUCCUGCUCUUAAUGGACUUUUAUCUUUCUUCUGUGUGACUGUCAUCACUGCAUGGUUGAACCUGUUCUGAGCGCCUUGCUUCAGUGCCUUAAGAGAGUGACCCUUUUGAUAAGUAAUCGUCGCCCACUAUUUAUUCCGUUCUUUACUCAGACUUAACUUGCUAUUGUCAAAUUGGUCAUUUUGGGUCAGCUGUGCCCCCAAGUGUUCUCUUUAAGGAGCCCCUUUAUGCAUCAAUUGAACAUAAAAUAAAAAUACUUUGACACACACAUAUAGUAUCCUUUCUAGGCCACAUUAUACUAUUUUAAAUAUAAAGGAUUUGUCUGCAAGGGUUUGGUAACAAGCUUAUUUUCGUCCCCAGUAGACCUCAGUGUUCAGGGCUUACUGUUCACAUCCUGGGAAAUAUAACCUUGAGACUUAGGCCUAGCACUGAUCAGUCUUCACACAGUAGUUGCUGUAGUUGAUGGUAUAAAUAGUGAUUUCUUGUGUGUUUGGGAGAUUCUGUCUUUUCUCAGAUCUUGUGAGUCCGUCCUCUUGUGGUGAUGCAAGAACAUAUAGUGUAUUUAUGUAUGUUUCUAUGCAUGACACGGUACUACUAAGUCUGGUGUUUAGUCUUGUUUAUUAUUGUGCACAUUAAGCAACAUAAGCACAUUCGACUUUGAAUUCCAGACUUGAGUACUGUAUUAACAAUUUGCCAAGUAAAAAAACAAAAUCAGUAAUGAACAAUCUAAAUUGUUUCUGCAUCCCCUAUUGAAUACACAGCCAGCAGCUGUAUGCAUAGUCAUCACAGAAAUUACUCUUUUCCUCUUUGUGUUGCCUGAUAGCUACACAAUUCUGAUGUUAAAUGCUGGAGGAUCUAGCUGUUUAAUCUUAUCUUUGACUAACUGAAAUCAUGAGGAGAAAUUUGAUGUAUUUGCUUGCACUUGUGUACAGGGGAGGUAUUUCUCCUGUUAAUUCCACCAGCAGUAACUUUGCCAAAGGUAUGCCUGUUGGAUUAGGACAACGGUAUUCUGAACUUCAGGAGUCCCCUGGUCUGCACUACGUUUCACAUAUCUAUUCCUUCUCCAAGCACUCCUCCAUUGUAAUCAAAAAUGCUCUCCGUUAGCUAAAUAGAAUAUGUUCCGUUUAUGACAAGCAUGAGUUGAGCAGAGCAGGGAGGGGUGGAACAUAGACAGAAGAGGACCCGAGGAAGAGGAUUGAGAACCACAGGUUUAGAUAAGGCAACCAGACAGUCAAAAAACAUGAUGGCAUUAGUGCUGCCAUCUAACUUUCUACACGUUGUUUCCUGGUUUUAAGUUUAAUACCCUGUUCAGAUCAAGUGAAAUUAAACUAGCCAUGUCGCUCUAUGUCCUACCAUACAUACUGUAUCAGACACCUAGGCUUGUUAUAAAUGCUAAAAUUCCUCCUAUUACUACUCUACACACAAUAGGAAAUUCAUGAGGCCACUGUUUUGGGGAAAUUUUUAAAAAUCAACAUAGAUGGAGGUUGAGGGCAGUUGUAAUAUUUACAUUCACGACCAACUCAUUUCCUUAUUGGUCAGUGUGAAACUGUAUCCCUAUGCAUUGCCUUGGUCUUGAUAGUCAUGAAAGUAUUCACUAUACUGUUUACAAUUUCACUGUUAAAAUGAAUAAAUUGCAAUGAAACUA